AUGAACGUUGAUGAAUCGAAAUCAAUGACUUGUAAUGAUAUGAUUAGCUUAGAAGAAAAAGUUAAACUUACUUCCGAAGAAAAUAUCGGUUUAAAAUCUUACAUUGAACGUAUGAAUAGUGAAUGCAUGGAACUCAAUGCUACUUUGUUUGAAGAAGCAAAUAGAAUGGUCCAUGAAGCCUUAUCUAAAGAACAUUAUGCCGUUAGACAAGCCAAAGAGAAAAUUCAAGAAAAUGAGAUACUUCAAUCGGAAGUUCGUGCAUUAAAAUUAUUGGUUGCUGAAUUAUCAUCAAGUAUAACAAAUCAAAAGAUUAAAAACUCUUUAUAUAGUACAAGAAUGAAAUACGAUAAUAUAGCUUGUAAUAAAUCACCUGAAAUUCAUCGUAAAUUGGGUACAGGUAAUCUUUUGGAACUGAGACGAAAUAAUGCUAAAUAUGGUGGAUUAGAACAAUUCAAUCGACGUGAUCUCUUAACAGCAAUGAUUACACACAGACCAUGUAAAAAUAAUUUAGACGUUGAUACAUUUGAAGAAUUUUUAGAAUGGAUACAAAAUGAUUGUCCAUUAAAUUUACCUAUGAUAGCAUUUACAGAAUUAAAUGAACAAUUAUUAUGUCAUCAAGAAAAUAUAAAGAAAGGACAAAUAAAAGAAUAUACUAGAAAAGAAAUCAAUGAACGAGUGACUAAGAUUAAUAUACCUGAUCAAAUAUCAAAUAAAACAGUUAUUAAUAAUCAGAUAGAUGAAAACAUUACUAUCAGUAAUAAUAAUAAUAAUAACAAUAAUGAAAAGAAUAAUCAUUUAACUUUAUCCAAUAAUUUUGGUGUACACAACUCUGUGAAUGAUAUAGAAAACAUUCCAAAUAGUAAUAAUAACUAUGAUAAUAAUGCUAAAAAUCAAGAGUCUAAUCAUUCUAUUCAUAUAAUAAAAAUAACUGAAUCAAAUAAUCAUGAUAUUAUUAAAGAAAUUUCAAAUGAUUCAAUAAACAAUCAUAAUGAUUCACAAGUUAAAACUGAUGAUAAAUAUUAUUCACCAAUAAUCAUAAAUUGUGUUAAAACAAAAUCAUCAUUUAAUUCAAAUUAUUUUCCAUUGGAUAAACCAUUAUCAAAAUUUAUAUAUCGUUUAUAUUUGCAAGAUAUAAAACCUUGUUUUGAAUUUAUUAAUAAAAAACUUAUCUCUUCAAUUUAUCAAGCAUUACCGGAAUUAGGUUUAGAAAUUACACCAAUUACACCGGAAUUAAGCGGUGGUUUACGUCGUAAUAACGAUAUAAAUGGUGGUGAUAAAACAGUAAAAGUUGUUCAUGAAUACUGUUCAUUAAUGCCAAAAUAUGAAGCUGUGUUUCGUAUGAAAAUCAGAACACCUGAUUCCAAUGAAAUCGAUUGUAAAAUAUCAUUACCAGCAAGAGAUAGACUAGUUGCAAUUGUCAAUCUAUUUCAAUACUUAAGUAUAAUAAAACGUGGUCUAGAUUCUAGUCCGAUGAUUAGUACCAAUAGAAAGAAUGAUAAUCACUUCAUCAAUUUAAAGAAUCGUAAUAAUUAUCACAAUAAUGAUAAAGAAGCCAUCACAAAGGAAGUUGAGAUACAAGAACAACAAUUCCGUACAAUUCAACGGCAUCGAUUAAAUAUCGCACUAGCUCGACUUGGAUAUGGAACACCAGAUUUAGAGUGA